CGAAGAAAUCCAAUAUCUGAUGAGGUUGGCACGUCAGUUUUGAGUCUCAAAUAAUCAUAUCAACGGCACGUCACAUCAUCAUAAUCUAAACAACUCCCUACUUCAAACUCAAACACAAGUACACAAUUUUUUUUAUACGCAUUCCAAUUCUCUGUCUCUCUCUUGAUCAUCAUCAACUCAAAUCAUGCACAAGUUUCUUCCAGUCUCCACCAAAUACAACUCUCUUAUCAGGCGCCACCAGACACUCAUCUCUCUUCUAAAUCAAUCUAACCAUUCCCAUAACCAAUUGGGUUCCAAGGUUUCAUCCGGAACUCCAAAUGGAUACUCAUGUAAUCACCCUUUUUAUCAAAAGUUUUGUUUUUUGUGGUCCCAAGUUGGUUUUAAGAGGUUUUUCUCAACUGGGUACGUGCCAAAUGGGUCAAAAUUAAGGAGGGUUGAUGGACGUGGAGGUUGGGUUGUGAAUGCGGAGCUUUUCGUGAGAGGGUUUUGUAGUGAAAGUAGUAGGGAGGCUAUGGAGUAUGAUGUUGUCAUUGUUGGGGCUGGACCUGCUGGAUUGGCUGCAGCUAUAAGGUUGAAGCAACUUUGCCGGGAAAAGGAUGUUGAUUUUUCGGUUUGUGUUGUUGAGAAAGGUGCAGAAGUAGGUGCUCACAUCAUAUCUGGGAAUGUGUUUGAACCCCGGGCAUUGAAUGAACUGCUCCCAAAUUGGAAACAGGAAGAGGCACCAAUCAGAGUCCCUGUUUCUUCUGACAAGUUUUGGUUCUUAACAAAAGACCAUGCACACUCUCUUCCAUCUCCUUUCAAUAACAAAGGAAACUAUGUUAUAAGCUUAAGUCAGUUAGCGCGUUGGAUGGGAGUGAAAGCAGAAGAAUUAGGAGUAGAGAUAUAUCCAGGCUUUGCUGCCAGUGAGAUACUGUACGAUGCAAACAAUAAUGUUAUUGGCAUUGGAACUAAUGAUAUGGGAAUUGCCAAAGAUGGUUCCAAAAAGGAUACUUUUCAGCAGGGUGUAGAAUUAAGAGGCCGGGUAACACUUUUAGCUGAAGGAUGUCGAGGAUCGUUAUCAGAGAAAAUAAUUAAAAAUUAUAAAUUGAGAGAGAAGAGCCAUGCACAACAUCAGACUUAUGCUUUGGGAAUUAAAGAGGUUUGGGAAAUUGAUGAGAGGAAGCACAAACCUGGUACGGUUAUUCACACAUUGGGUUGGCCUUUGGAUCACAAGACAUAUGGGGGAUCAUUUCUGUACCACAUGAGUGAUAGACAGGUUGCACUUGGCCUAGUGGUUGGUUUGAAUUAUCACAAUCCAUUCUUCAGUCCUUACGACGAAUUUCAGAAACUUAAACACCAUCCAGCCAUUAAAGAGCUUCUAGAAGGUGGGUCUGUGAUUCAAUAUGGAGCUCGCACUUUAAAUGAAGGUGGCUUUCAGUCUAUUCCAUAUCCAGUUUUCCCUGGAGGAGCAAUUAUUGGAUGUUCAGCUGGCUUUUUAAAUGUACCAAAAAUAAAGGGAACUCAUACUGCAAUGAAAUCAGGAAUGCUAGCAGCAGAAGCUGCAUUUGGUGCUAUUCAUGAGGGCUUGACUAUGGAAGCCUAUUGGGAUAAUUUAAAGAAUUCAUGGGUGUGGCAAGAACUCCGCAGAGCUCGAAACUACCGACCUGCAUUUGAGUAUGGUCUUUUUCCUGGUUUGGCGAUUAGUGCUUUAGAACACUACAUACUAAAAGGAAGGUCCCCCAUCACGCUGAAACAUGGGAAGCCUGAUCAUGAAGCAAUGGAUGUUUCUCGGCUACACUCACCUGUUCAAUAUCCAAAGCCUGAUGGGGUGUUAUCUUUUGAUGUACCAACCUCUCUACACAGGAGCAACACAAAUCAUGAACAUGAUCAGCCACCUCAUCUUCGCUUAAGGGACCCAAAGAUACCAGAGCUUGUAAACUUGCCGGAGUAUGCUGCUCCUGAGUCUCAUUAUUGUCCUGCACGUGUAUACGAGUAUGUCCCAGAUGACAAGAAUCAGCUGAAGCUGCAUAUCAAUGCUCAAAAUUGCCUCCAUUGCAAGGCUUGUGACAUAAAAGAUCCAAAGCAAAACAUAGAGUGGACAGUGCCAGAGGGAGGUGGUGGUCCAGGCUACUCAGUCAUGUAAAUGUAUAGCAAAUGCCAAUGCAAAUGAAGAUCUAAUAUAAGAACUUCAGCUUUCACAGAAAUAAAAAGUCAAUCUCAAUGCAGACUUUACAUGUAACGAGCUCAUUUGCAUUGCAGCAAUAAUAAAAUUAGAAUCUGCUGGCACUAGAAGCACAAGAUUUUGUUUGGAGAAAGAAAUGAAAAAAAUAAAAUACAAUUGAUUGAUUUAUAGUA